AUGUCUGGCUUGAGAACGGUUUCUGCGUCAUCCGGCAACGGGAAAAGCUACGACUCGAUCAUGAAGAUCCUGCUGAUCGGGGACUCCGGCGUGGGCAAGUCAUGUCUGCUGGUACGUUUCGUCGACGACAAAUUCAAUCCAUCCUUUAUCACCACGAUCGGCAUUGAUUUCAAGAUCAAGACCGUCGAUAUCAACGGCAAGAAGACAAAGCUGCAACUCUGGGACACAGCGGGCCAGGAGCGGUUCCGCACCAUCACUACCGCCUACUACCGAGGAGCCAUGGGGAUCAUCCUCGUCUACGACGUCACCGACGAGAGAACCUUCACAAACAUCAGGCAGUGGUUCAAGACCGUCAAUGAGCAUGCCAACGACGACGCCCAAUUGCUGCUAGUGGGCAACAAGAGCGACAUGGACACAAGAACUGUGACGUACGAACAGGGCGAAACGCUGGCCAAGGAGCUCGGCAUCCCCUUCGUCGAGUCCAGCGCCAAGAACGACGAAAACGUCAACGAGAUUUUCUUCACUCUCGCUCGAUUGAUACAGGAAAAGAUCGACAACGACAAGUUGGCAGGAAGCCCCGGCACCGGCAGAGAGGGCAACAUCAACAUCAGCUCAGGCGGUGGCUCCGCCAGGUCUGGCUGUUGCAACUGA